GAAUUAAGUAUUUAUUUAAUUAUUUUUAUUAAAUACAAUUUAAAGUAUCGUUUUUGUUUAAGUGUUUAAUAUUUUUAUACUUAUGUCAAGACUAAAGACUUGAUUAGGAAUAGAUUUAGAGUAACGAUAUUUUUACCAUUUUGUUUUAAGCGUGUCAAUUGUUAUCUAUUGAACGAACUCGUACGAUGUACUCAAAUACUCUCAACGAUGAACUCGAACCUCGUCAGGCACCCAAGCCCACACACUUUCAAGAAUUGUCAGCCAAACCUGAAGUCCCAGAAUUAUCAGUCGUAUUUGAUUCGUCAGAAAAUAAUUCAAAGUCAUUAAAUAAACACCCACCAUAUAUUAACAAUCAAAAUACUCAUGAAACGUAUAGUGAAUGGAAAAAUCGUCAAAAUCGCUCACCUCCAGUACAUAAAGACACUCGUUACUAUGAACCACGCAACAAGCAAUAUUAUGGAUCUUCAUCAUACAGUGAUUGUGAUCAAAAUCCUUAUGGUCACUUUUCAGAUAAAAUGUCCUACAAGUCUGGUAGCGAAUGUCACAAGUGCGCCUGCCAAAACACACCAACUGUCAAAGAUAUUUACAGCAUGAUGCAAUUACAAAAUGAACAAAUGAAAUUUCUUUUAGAAACCAUUCAGAAAUUGUUAGUCACUGUAUUAUCUAAUCAGCAAACUCAACAUAAAUGUUGUUGCUCAGAAAAUGCUCAUUGUAAAAAAGAUAAUGAUUCUAAAAACACAGAAGUGUUUAAAAAUGAUUUAACUCAAGAAAAAUGUCUUUCGCAAUAUUCUCACAAUAACCAUUCAGAAAAACUACAGACCAAUCUAAAAAAAUCUGAAACUGUACAAAACAAAACCAAACCAAAACAAAAUUUAAAAUAUUCAGGUAAACCAGAUAUUACUUCUAUAGAAAAAGAAAAACCAAAAACUCCAGUUAAUACUAGAUGUGAUAAUAGUAAAGAUGAGAAAGAUAACACAAAAGAGAAGGAAAGGACAUACUCCAUCAUAAGUGAUGAAUCAUUUGAUUUGAAUGCAAAUGAUGUUCAAGUAAUUGAAGAUCCAAUAUCUCCUGAACAAUCGAUUCAUAUUGAUAUGAAAUCAUCAUCUGAGGAUAGUGAAAAUAGUGAAUGUGAAGAAAAUGACAAAAAAAUUGAAGUUGGAUGGACAAUGUAUAAAAAUAUUAUUGGGCAAGUAAAUAACUUACUUGAAGAUAAUAAGAGUGAACAAAAAUGUAAUGUAGCUGAACAAAUAGAAUGUGUUAAACCUACAGCGACAAUUACACCAAAGAAUUUUGAACCAUACAAACAUUUUAUGUUACCCGAAAAUAGUAAAAUAGAUUCCAGCUUACAAAUGCAAGCACUUGCCAUGCAGUACUUAUCACCUGAACAAGCCAUAAAAUUUGAUAUGAAUAAACAUUUUGUGCCAACAACACAACCAACCAUGAAAUCUCCAAAUAACUAUUCUAUUUCAACACUACAUUAUAUGGAAAGAUAUCAUCUGAUUGCACCUGAAAAAUCAUGUACUUCAGAAAAUCCUCAACAAAAAUUACCAACGGAAGGAUUAUUAAACAAAAACAAAAAAGCAUUGCGGAAAAAUAAAACCCCUUCAAAAAUACUUAAUAUUACUGAACUUAAACAACAACCAAAGUUAUCGUAAAUGUGUAUUAUUUUUUAAAAUUUAUUUUAUUGUUCUAUAAAAUUCUAUAAGAACAUUUAUGUUUUAAAUAUUUUAUUUUUAAUUAAAUUCUCAGUAAUAAAC